GUCAAUGUACUGACAGUUUCCACAUACGUGGCGUCCUCUCAUUGGCUUCAGGGUUUGACGGCAGAUGGACCAGAAUCGACAGCUCAGUUGCCCGAUGCCUUGCAUAGAGAGGCCAUCAGUUUGACUCGAAUCCUUUUCUUCCCCUUCCCCCAAUUUCUUUUAUCUUUUCCCACCCUUCUGCUUUUCCUCGUCACCAUUUUCUUCUUUCUCAAUAUAAUACUCUCCUCCUUCUGCGCCCCUUCUGUUUUUCAUAUGCUGCUUCUCAAGAACAAUAUGGCUGUGGAGUUUAUGGUGGGUUUUGGGGAUGCUGCUGCUAAUUUCACGCCCAGUAUGGAAGAAAAUGCUGCUGUUUCUGCUGUUCAAGAAGCCGCUUCUGCUGGGAUUCAGAGCGUUCAUACUUUCCUCACCUUGGUGUCUCAUACUCCUAAUCGACAUCACUCUCAACACGAUUCUUCCACUUCCACUGCUCUCGAUGCUGCUGCUGGAUACGAAGCCGUCGCCGAUUCCGUCGUCAACAAAUUCAAAAAGGUCAUUUCUUUACUCGACCGGAACCGAACCGGCCAUGCUCGUUUCAGAAGGGCUCCGGUUGAUUCUACUGCUUCCUCUCCGCCCAAGGUCAAGCCGCAACAUCAAGAUCCGAGUUCGUCGUCUCCGAUUUCAGUCCCUCAACUAAAGAAACAAGAAUCAGUUUCUGCUUUCAAGGUUUAUUGCCCCACGCCUUACUCUGUUGUGCGUUUGCCUGGUCUGCCCAACAACAACUUCCAUCAGCCUUCUAAUCCGCCAAAUACUUUCCAACCCCAGCAGAAUAACUCAUCGGGGGGACUAAAAAAUGGGUCUGUAAACAGAAAAGACUCAACUUCCGCAAUCAAUUUCGCAGCCUCGCCGUCGAUUUCCGCUGCAAAUUCUUAUAUUUCAUCCUUAACCGGAGACACCGAAAGCUUAAACCCAUCUCUGUCAUCUGGUUUCCAGUUCACCAACAUGUCCCAGGUCUCUUCCGCCGGAAAGCCCCCUCUUUCCUCCUCCUCACUAAAGAGAAAAUGCAAUUCCAUGGACGAUUCCGCCAGGAAGUGUGGUUCGUCUUCAGGUCGAUGUCACUGUUCCAAGAAGAGGAAAAACAGAAUGAAAAGAGUGAUCAGAGUUCCAGCGGUUAGUUCAAAACUUGCGGACAUCCCACCGGACGAUUACUCAUGGAGAAAGUACGGCCAAAAACCAAUUAAAGGGUCUCCUCACCCAAGGGGAUAUUACAAGUGUAGCAGUCUGAGAGGCUGUCCAGCACGGAAGCACGUAGAACGUGCCUUAGACGAUCCAACAAUGCUGAUUGUUACUUACGAGAACGAUCACAAUCACGCCCUAUCCGCCCAAACACCUGCACCGCUUCUUCUAGAGUCAUCAUAAUAGUCAAAACGCCUACAAUUCUCCAUCAAUAUUAUAUAAAUAUAUAUAUAUAUAUAUAUAUAUAGUUUGGGAAAACCACAGUUUAAAAUCAUAGGGACCAAUAGUCAACGCUGCGGCUUGAGCAACGUCUCCAAGAAGAGACUAGUGGUGGUGGGUGCGUUGCGCUGUCUGUCAACAGAAAAUUAGGGAUGCCCCUUUUCGUGAAUGGGUUGGAUUUUGGAAAUUUGAAGGAUGUGACGAGUGGGGGAGAGGAAAGGCAUGGGACAGUGGGGGGAUGCUACGCUACUCAGUGGGGCUUCUGUUUUCUUCAGGCUUUCUUUCUUAUGCUCUCCGAUAUUAAUAUUAUUCCUUGAGGGAUUUUAUUGUUUUAUAGCAUAUUGGAUUAGAUGGUGGAUGUAUUUUAUAUGUAUAAACAAACAGCAGACAAAAAACCCCACCUUUAUUCCCAUUUCCACCCAAUUUUUAUUCUUGUAUGCUAACUUUCUUUUGCUUCAAAAAAUUAGCAAACGUUUCGAUCCA